AUGGGACUUGCUCACCGGGAUCUCAAACUCGACAAUGUCGUUGUCAACGAUCGUGGUAUUAUGAAGAUCAUCGAUUUCGGUAGUGCUCAUGUCUUCAAGUAUCCUUUCGAAAACAACGUCGUUUUGGCUUCGGGCAUUGUGGGUUCUGAUCCCUAUCUUGCUCCAGAGGUCUACGAUGAGCGCAAAUACGAACCGCAAGCUGUCGACAUUUGGUCGCUAGCAAUCAUAUUCUGCUGCAUGACUCUCCGGAGGUUUCCUUGGAAGGUGCCCAGAAUGACCGACAAUUCAUUCAAAUUGUUUGCUGCGGACCCCACUCCCGGGCAUGACCCCAAGAAAUUAAACCUUCCCCUGCCCCCGAACAAGUCCACGAGCGCUUUGAGCGAGAUUCCACAACGGGACAUGUUCCCAGGUGAUCCCGAAAAGGCUCACCACGCUCCGAAGCACGAGGGCGACAAGCCCCGGGCUUCCCAUGACGGUGGCAGUGGCGAGAAGAAAGAGGUCAUAAGAGGACCGUGGAGAAUAUUGAGACUUCUUCCUAGAGAGAGUCGUCACAUAAUCGGACGGAUGCUCGAGAUUGAUCCGAAGAAGCGAGCCAAGAUGACCGAGAUUCUUGAGGAUAGCUGGGUGUCCAAUGCGGUCAUUUGUAGGCAGAUUGCGCCUGGUCAGGUCAUCAACGCGGAUGACCAUACUCACAUCCUGGAACCUCCUUCGACACCGGCCAAAUAG